AUGUCAGAUGCCGGCGAUGAUUACGGGAAUGGCGGUGAUAUGGGUGAAAUUCAUGAUCUCGUAGGAUCAGAAGAGGACUACGGGGGCGAGGACGGGCGGGAAUUAGAAGAAGACGUGAACGGAGACGUGAACGGACAUCUCGAAGGCGGAGAAAAUUCAGCAAAUGCCCAGGGAGUUGUCCACAGUGGAAUGCCUGGAGAAGGUGCUUUAGCUGGACAACCCAAUAAGGUUAGAACGACAACACCAUAUAUGACUAAAUACGAACGAGCUCGAAUACUGGGCACUCGAGCCCUCCAAAUCAGUAUGAAUGCACCAGUCUUAGUUCCUCUUGACGGUGAAUCAGAUCCGCUGGAGAUCGCCAUGAAAGAACUUAGUCAACGCAAAAUCCCCCUGAUAGUCCGUCGUUUUCUCCCCGAUGGAAGCUAUGAAGACUGGAGCGUCAGUGAAUUGAUCGCCGAUUGA